GGCCGAAGAAGCAGGAGGAGGACGAGAGGACGACCAGGGCCACUCCACAACCAGCCGCAGAGAAAAAAGCCACUCACACACUCGCGCUCUCUCUCUCUCUCUGUCUGUCUCUGUCAGACACACACACACACACACACACGCUGUGACACACAUAGGCAGACCCACUCAGAGGGCCGACCUGCCGCAGCACCGGAAGAGGAGAGAGUGGAGAGAGAGAGAAGUCUGUGAAGAGCAGGACAGACAGCCGGGGAAAAAAAGAGAUCGCAGAGGAGCUGAGGAGUGCUGGCCUAUUCCAUUGUGCUGCUGCUGUGAAAGUGAACGGCUGCCCUUGUUCACACACCGAAGGCCCUGCUCCUUGUUCUGUAUCUGUGUCUGCGCGUGUUUGUGUUUGUGUGUGUGUGUGUGUGUGUGUGUGUGAGUGAGUGUUUGUCUCCUCGUUUGCCCUCCAGCUGUGCGAGUGUGUGAGCAUGGCGUGGCCCGCGUGCGUCUCCCUGCUGUGUGUGUGUGCGUGUGUGUCUCUCCUCGUCCCCAGCGCCAUUUCACAGCCACCCUCAGAAAGUGACACCUACACGGAAUGCACAGAUGGCUACCAGUGGGACCAGCGGACACAGCACUGCAAAGACAUUAAUGAAUGUGAGACCAUCUCGGACGCCUGUAAAGGCGAGAUGAAGUGCUUUAACCAUUACGGUGGCUACCUGUGCCUGCCCCGCUCCGCCUCCGUCAUCCCUGCGCCGGACCCUCCUGCCCCGAGCCUCCCGGGACCGGCCAGCCCUGAGCCCAACCAGUGCCCCCUCGGCUACCAGCCCCAGGGAGACAGCUGCGUAGACAUAGAUGAGUGCGCGGGGGACACAACGUGGCAACCCAGUCACGACUGCCAACCCAGUCAGGAGUGCAUCAACACGCAGGGCAGCUUCAACUGCCAGUGCCCAGAAGGGUACCGCAAAGUGGGCACAGAGUGCAUCGAUAUUGAUGAGUGCCGCUACCGCUACUGUCAGCACCGCUGUGUCAACGUCCCGGGCUCCUUCUCGUGCCAGUGUGAGCCGGGCUUCCAGCUGGCUGGCAACAACCGCUCCUGCAUCGAUGUGGAUGAGUGUGGCAUGGGCGCCCCCUGUCAGCACCGCUGCUACAACACAUACGGGACCUUCCUCUGCCGCUGUGACCAGGGCUACGAGCUGGCACCGGACGGCUACGCCUGCAACGACAUUGACGAGUGCAGCUACUCCAGUUUUCUGUGUCAGGACCAGUGUGUAAAUGAGCCGGGGAAGUUCUCCUGUGUUUGCCCAGAGGGCUAUCAGCUCAUGGGCACACGGCUCUGCCAAGAUGUGAAUGAGUGUGAGACGGGGGCAAACCAGUGCACGGACGCGCAGAACUGCAUCAACAUUCAUGGAGAUUACAAGUGUGUCGAAACCAACCCCUGCAUUGAGCCCUAUGUGCAGGUGUCAGAUAACCGCUGCAUGUGUCCGGUCAGUAAGCCGGCGUGCCGGGAGCUGCCCUACUUCAUCGUGCACCGCUACAUGAGCAUCACGUCCGAGCGCUCCGUCCCCUCCGACAUCUUCCAGAUCCACGCCACCAGCGUCUACCCCGGAGCCAACAACUCCUUCCGCAUCCGCUCCGGCGAUGAGAACGGAGACUUCUACAUCCGACAAAUCAAUAACAUCAGCGCCAUGCUGGUGCUGGCCAGAGCCGUGACUGGACCCAAGGAGUACGUGCUGGACCUGGAGAUGGUAUCAGUGAACCUCGUCAUGAGCUACCAGAGCAGCUCUGCCCUCCGCCUGUCCAUCUACGUGGGACCACAUGGUUUCUAAGAACACAGAGAGAGAGAGAGAGAGAGAGGGGGAGAGAGAGAGGGAGAGAGGGAGAGGGAGAGAGAAAGGAGAGAGAGAUGGAGAGAGAGAGUGAGAGGAGAUAAGCACAAGAGAAAGAGAAAGGUGGAGGUGGAGGAGAAGGAAGGCAAGCUAAACUCGUUUACAUAUUCGUAGAAUCCUUUGCAGCUCUUCCUCUCACUUGACGUGGCCUAAAAGUCCCACAUUAGCGAACACGGUGGCGAACCAUCCAUAUUUCCAACUGCACCAUCAUCGAGCAGUGUUUUUGUGAAACGGUAGCACUGCGAAACACCUCCUCGGGUCCAUUGUGCCAGGUGAGGUUAGCUCAGACCAAUGUGACCAACUGCACUAUGAUAACUGCUGUAUGAUGCUGUUUUAACCUGAACUCCAUCUGUUCCCUCUCACCACCUACAAAGUGCCUUCAACGAGCAGGUGGGCAAGUGUACCUUGUACACUGUUUGGUGCCAGCGAUUCUACAACCUGCCAUUUUGUCUUCUUUUCAUUUUAGAUUGUUUAUUGUUAUUUCUUUAUUUGACGGCGACAAAAACAUAUGGACCUUCGGUUCCGUGCAAACGUUUUAGGCACCAUAGUUGUUUCACAAAUCAUGUGUGUUUGACAGUUAUAUGUUAUCUUUAUUAGCAUUAGUCUUUCAAUUGGAAUCAUCGUAUUUUAAAGUUUUCCAGGGAGACAUUUGUGUGCUGUUACAAAAAGAACAAACCAGUGUUACAAAAAGAACAUACUGAAGCAGUUUGAAAACUUAAGGGGCUUCAGCUCAGAGUUCAGAGUACAGUGUGAACUGGGAUUACAUGAUAAUACAGAACACAUAAGACAGUUUAAAUCCACCAAAGAACUGUGGCAAGAUCUCAGAGAAGUACCUUAAAAGUACCUGAAAAACUGUACAAGUGUACCUAUCAGAGAAUUUAUGCUGUUUUGAAGACAAAGGCAGGUUGCACCAAACAUUGAUUCUUUUGUUUACUGCACUUUGUAUGAUUUUAUUUGUAAAGUGAAAACUAUUCAUCUCAUUAUUUUGAAAGCAUCCUCACAUUUUUUCACUAAUGCCUAAAACUUUUGCAUGGUACUGUAGAAAGACAAUGAAUCAAAACUCAAAAGCCAAUAUUUAUGACUCUUUGACUUCAGUUAGUAUUUGUUGCUAUUUCGAAGCAUUUCAGUUCAGUGCUAGUAGGGCAACACAAUUAAGCAGCCAGUCAAGGAAAAUGCUAAAUAUUUAAAUUUUCGAGAAAAUUGUCUGGAUUGGCAAGAAACAUGCUGUACUAGGGAUCCUCCAUAGGCCCCUCUCAGUAACAAACUUCACCUACUCAUUCAUAAAUCAAAACGUGAGGUACUUAGCCCGGGCGCCAUAAACAAGCCUUGCCACUUAAAGUUAGAGAUUCUCAUUUAUGCCAUUACUUCAGUGGACAUCAAUGUGUGCAAUUAGGGUGAGGCCUCGUUUUUGUACUUUACUUGUUAUUUCAGACACUGCCGUUAUCUCAGUAACCACUCAGACACAAAACAUUCACACAUUCCCCGUUUACCACAAGAGAAUUCAUCACUACAACAUAUGUUACCUUUUUUUAAGAAGUUUUUUUUAAAUUACAGUUUGUACUUGUGUGUGCUGAAAAUAAAAAUACAAAAUGUA